GAGACCGUGCCGAUCGAGCAGAGCAGAUAUCAGCAUUUCGCCCGGAGGAUUUCGACGGCGAGACAAGAUAGAUUUCUUCCGAUUCGGAUUUGGGAUUUAGGUUGCUCUUUAGGUAGCGCAGUCCGAGACGGACACCGUACCCGCGCUGCGCGUCUACUUACAUGUGUGCAGCAUAUGACACGACGCCUAUUUAGUACUCCCUCGCGCUGGAAUCCAAGAAUUUAGUCGACGAUGGACACGGGCGGCGGCAACUCGCUGCAAUCGUCGUCGUGCCCCGACGGCUCGAAGCGGCGCGUGUGCUACUACUAUGACGCCGGCAUCGCCAACGUCGACUAUGGCGAGGAGCACAGCAUGGUGCCCCGCCGCGUCGACAUGGCGCACGCCCUCGUCCGCUCCUACGGCCUGCUCGGGGACAUGAAGCGUCUCCGCACGAGGCCCGCCACCGACAAGGAGAUAUGCGCCGUCCACGACAAGGACUACGUCAGGCUCCUGCAGGACCUCAUCCCGGAGGCCUUCAACGCUGGCGGCUCGAUCAUGGACAGAGCCCAGGGAUUUAUGGUCGGCGUGCUCUCAGAGGACGGCCACUCCAUCGACAACCCCGCCAUCUCCGGCCUCUGGGACUACUGCCAGCGCUACGCCGGCGGGUCGCUGGCUGCUGCGCGCGCGCUAGGCAGCGGCGAGGUCGAGAUCGCCAUCAACUGGUCCGGCGGGAUGCACCACGCGUGCAAGGCGAAGGCGAGCGGCUUCUGCUACGUCAACGACAUCGCGCUCGCCAUCACCGAGCUCCUCAACCAGUUCAGGCGCGUGCUGUACGUCGACAUCGACGUACACCACGGCGACGGCGUCGAGACCGAGUUCGUCGAGGACUACCGGGUGAUGACGGUGUCGUUCCACCAGCGCACCGAAGGCUUCUUCCCGCAGGAAACCGGAUUUGUCACCGACGUCGGCAAAGGGAAAGGUUUGUACCACGCCCUGAACGUGCCGAUGAGGGAGGGCAUGGACGACGAGGGAUACUACAGGAUGUUCAAGCCCAUCAUGGACAAGGUCAUGCAGGUGUUCCAGCCGGAGGCCAUCGUGAUGCAGUGCGGCGCUGACUCGCUUUCCGGCGACAGGCUCGGCCAGCUCAACCUGUCGAUCGCCGGACACGCCAAGUGCGUCAGCUUCAUGCGGAGCUUCAACAAGCCGCUGCUCCUCCUCGGUGGCGGCGGAUACACCAUCAACCACGUCGCCGCAUGCUGGUGCUACGAGACGGCGGUCGCCAUCGGCAAGGAGAUCGACGACGACAUACCGCCGCACUGUUACGAUCACUACUACGGGAGCCAAGGUUACAAGCUCCAUUACCCGGUGCGCAAGGCGCGCAAGAACGAGAACACGGAGUGCUACAUGUCGAAGACGACGAACAAGGUCCUGGAGCACCUCUCCAAGCUCGAGGCAGCGCCGAGCGUGGAGUUCAAGGACCCGAUAGGCCGAAGCAUCGACGCCAAGGCGCUCUUCCACGACUCCCCUCCGGGAGAAGAGGACGACCCCAUGGAGAGGCUGCAGCGGCGGUGCGGCGAGAGAGACGAGCGCCACUUCUUGGUAGAGUUGGGGAAGCGACAAUUGAUCUUAGGCAAGGAUAAAGAAAAUGGCGGUUCCCAGCUGUACCGGUCGGAACCGGUGAAAAAAUACCGGUCCGAAAAGUUUCGAUUUAAACUUUGAAAUUAAAGUCAUAGGGAAGAGUUUGUUCUUUUUUCUCAAGCUAAUGGAAGUAUGUCCUAAGUUCUCAAAUGGAUGCUACGAAAUUUGGAAUAAUUGCA